AUGGGUAUUUCUCGUGAUUCUCGUCACAAAAGAUCCGCUACCGGUGCUAAGCGUGCUCAAUUCAGAAAGAAGAGAAAGUUUGAAUUGGGUCGUCAAUCCGCAAACACCAAGAUUGGUACUAAGAGAAUUCACACCGUUAGAACCAGAGGUGGUAACAAGAAAUUCAGAGCUCUAAGAAUCGAAACUGGUAACUUUUCAUGGGCUUCUGAAGGUUUUGCCAAGAAGACUAGAAUCGUGGGUGUUGCUUACCAUCCAUCUAACAACGAAUUGGUUAGAACCAACACUUUGACUAAAGCUGCUAUCGUUCAAAUCGAUGCUACUCCUUUCAGACAAUGGUACGAAGGUCACUACGGUGCUACUCUAGGUAAGAAGAAGAACACCAAGGGUGAUGAAGAGGUCGUUGCUGCUUCUAAGAGCACUGAAAAGAAAUGGGCUGCCAGAGCUGGAUCUGCCAAGAUCGAGUCCUCUGUUGAGUCUCAAUUCGGUGCCGGUAGAUUGUACGCUGCUAUCUCUUCUAGACCAGGUCAAUCUGGUAGAUGUGAUGGUUACAUCUUGGAAGGUGAAGAAUUGGCCUUCUACUUGAGAAGAUUGACUGCUAAGAAAUAA